UUUCCCGCGGCCGUCCACACCCACGCGUACACCACAAGAGGGGCCGGGGCCUCCCUCGAGCUGCGGCCUCUCGGCCUCCUCCUCCCCGCGCGGCAGCUGGUGCCUCCCCGGCCCUACGGGGCUCACGCGCACGGCACAGCCACAAGAUGUCCGCUCUGACGGAACGACUGCCAGCUGCCACGCUCCGCCCCUCCCCCCCGCCCCUCUCCUCUCCUCUCCCCCCCCACCGCCUAUUCACCGCCGCGUAUCCGUCCGCCAACGCCGCCGUCGCGAGCGCGGGGCGAGCCCGGGGGGUGGUUGGGAGGGAGCGGUUUGCUGCCCUGGUCCAGGCCGAGCGGACGCGCCACCCUCUCUCUCCGCCGUCCUCCGGUCGGAACGGCACCGCCUCGACUACACCGAGCGGAGGUCGGACCCGGAGGGCGGGGGACGGAGGCGGGUCAUGGGCUGAAAGGGUGCGGGCGGGGGGGGGGGGGGGGCGGGGGGCGGGGGAGGGGGGGAGGAGAGGGCAGACGAGCGGCGGAAACGCUGAGACUCAGAGAAGCAUCGAGAACCGGAAGGAGACCUUAGGAGGAAGAAGCCGGGGUGCAAUGAUUGGUGGGAAACACUGGAGCCUACCACUCAGGAACUCUCAACAUAUAGGGAGGAGAAUGAAGAAGUUUAAGAAACCAAUUCCUGUGCCCUAAUCUAACAAGUUUCAACAUAAAAGUGCACUGAAACUUCACUGCUGUGCAACAGAGCACAGCAUACUGGAACAAAUGUGAGGUCAGAGUUCUUGUGACUAAAAAUAUGUGAGCAGUUCAGUAACGCUGUUGACCCUUCUCAAAAUAAUGUUUCAUAUGUAAGUACACAUGUUUAAAUACACACAUAUUGGAAUUCA